GUGCAUUACAACAUUGGCAUAACCAGAAUCUAGUUGUGUGGUGCGUUAAAAAGUGUUCGAUUUGGUUUUCAACGAAUUUUAAUAUUAAAGUCUCCAGCGAUGCCCGUGAGUUUGGGUGGUUCGUACCAGUCUUUGACCGGUACAGAAGACGUAUAUCGUUCGACAACUGUGACUGGAACACAACAGAACGUCUUGGAUACAGUAAAGAAGGCCCUCAGUUUUGUUUCCGGAUCCGGCCCAAAAGAUGAAAAACUCAUCGCAACCAAACCACAACCAAUCGUCAUCAACUCAAGGACUGACAGUGCUAACACAAACACUAGUAGAAAGAUGCCGAGUUCCGGGGUAGCUGAAGAAACAGCCCUUUUGGGCACAAUGCCAUCUGACAGCAUGGACGAUAUCGAGCUGAAGAAUAUUCAGCUACAAUUUCCGACCACGAGGUCGAUGUCCAGGGAUGACUCAACAGCCGUUGAAGAAACCGUAGAGACAGAUCGCGGACCGAUAACAGUUGCCGUUCAAGGAUGCAAGACAAAACCAGCCAUCAUCACUUACCACGAUCUUGGAUUGAAUUAUAUCUCCAGUUUCCAAGCAUUCUUCAAUUACAUCGAUAUGCGCGUUUUGAUGGAAAACUUUUGCGUAUACCAUAUAAACGCGCCGGGACAAGAAGAAGGAGCUCAAACACUUCCGGAAGAUUAUGUUUAUCCAACAAUGGAUGAACUUGCCAAUCAAGUGGAAUUUGUCUUAUCCCAUUUCGCAUUGAAAUCAUUCAUAGGAUUCGGAGUAGGUGCAGGUGCAAAUAUCCUCGCUCGUUAUUCGCUAAAAAAUCCCAAUAAAGUGGCCGCCCUUUGCCUCGUAAAUUGCGCAAGCACAACCGCCGGUUGGAUCGAGUGGGGGUAUCAAAAGCUCAACGCAAGACAUUUAAGAUCAAAAGGAAUGACGCAAGGUGUUUUAGAUUAUUUGAUGUGGCAUCAUUUUGGAAGGAACACUGAAGAAAGAAACCACGAUUUAGUUCAAGUCUACAAAAGUUAUUUUGAGCGCAACGUGAACCCAACAAACUUGGCAUUAUUCAUCGACAGUUAUAUUCGUCGCACGGACCUAAAUAUUCAUCGCGAUACGGAUCCAGGAAAAACGAAAGAUAUCCACACGUUAAAUAUGCCCGUUUUAAAUAUUACGGGAGCUUUGAGCCCGCAUAUUGAUGAUACGGUGACUCUUAAUGGAAGAUUAGAUCCUAAAAAUUCUUCAUGGAUGAAGAUUUCUGAUUGCGGAAUGGUCCUUGAAGAACAACCUGGAAAAGUUUCUGAAGCCUUCAGACUUUUCUUGCAAGGCGAAGGCUAUGCCGUUCGAGUGAGAAGGCGAGCGAGUAGCGCUGUCUCAGUUGAAGGUAAAUGUUAAGUCCACAACCCCCGUUCUUUGGUUUCGAUUCAGUACCGAAAGUUCAAUUUGCUCCAUUGUCUCCUGUUAAGAUCGCCCAGUUUCGUAAAGCUUCACUGGAAGAAUUAUUGAAAGAAAAGUUUCCGAACGGGCAGUGGUUAACGUCGGUGAUUCAUAUCACCGAAAACCCCAUUUCUGCCGUCGUUUGCUAAGUUAGAAAUAAAAUUAAAAUGAACUAGAGGCGAAUGGAUUGCGACAGCUUCUAAAAAUUGCGUUCGUACUAAAAUUUCUACUCUCAAAAUUUUGUUUUCAAAUCGAAAUUCGCCGGACGAAAAUAGACAUCAUGAUGACGACGAAAUUUUAGUACGACACGUUUUAUCCACAUUUGGCCACUGCCCCUUUUCGUAAAAAAAGCACACAUAUCUUAUGUUUAAUAAGUUUUUGUAAACAACUCUACAUACGAUGACACGUAAUAUAAUUAUUAUCGAUUACGGUACAAUUUUUAUUAACAUUGAUUAAAAAAAAAAAUCAAUCAUUUGAUGAAAACAAUUAUUCUAAAAUUAAUUAUUAAAAAAAAUAUUAUUUAAAGAUAUUGUUCACGCAGUAUUGGACAGCAUUUUAGAUAUCGUUCUUACUUAUAACCGAUAGCGAUUGCUUGAGAGGCCUCUGUAUUGUUUAUUAUUUCGUGACGACCUAAUGUUUUUGUAGUUGUAGAGUAAUACUUAUUAAAAAAAAGGGUAGUUAAUCGAGCUUUACUUGUUGAAUAGUGGGAAAGAUGCCAACACACGGUUAUUAAAGCAACAAAAUGUUAUAUUUGCCGAUUAUCUCGAAUAAGUAGAUAUGAAAAUAAAAUUUAAAAAAAAUAUCGAUACGCGCGAAUGUCUUUUCGGUGACUUCUACCUAUUCUGUUAAAAAAAAACGCUGUUAAAGAAAAACGGAAAGUAUAUUAUUGUAUAGAGGAAUAUUUUAUCGCCACGUUAAAUAUUGUAACGUAAUAAUUUUUGUUUAAUUUAAGGUGAAUUGUUGUGAUGAGGAAUAUAUAUUAUAUAUUGUGCCUAA